GGCUAUUCCCCCUGACGUCACUCACAACAACACAUGGCACGGGUUGCCGACGUGGCGGACAGACUGACUGGGCGGAAAACUCGGGAGAAUCAGGGGUUGAUCAAGGAAUUGACCACCAUGUCACAGACCAAUGCUGGGGAGGAUGCCUCUAUCUCGGACUCGGUAUUAUCCGAAAACAUGGGCCCACCCAAAGACAAGAUUUCUCCAGAGCAGGAUAUUCCUUCUUGUACCGAUGACACAGUUCCUCCCAUCCAUCCAAAACCUUUACUGUCUGGAGAUGAACCACAAGAGACUGAUCACCAUGAUGAGGGCCACUCGGCUAGUAUGCCACUACAUCCCCAGGAUGACCAGUCAGGUGCUGAGGCUGAGGGUCAGGUAGCUGAGUGCGGAGAGUCUGAGGGUCAGGUAGCUGAGUGCGGAGAGUCUGUGAACCUGGAGCCUGAUGGACCAGAGGAGCCUGAGCCAUCCGUUGACACUGCAGGCAAGAGUUGGGGAGGCUGGAGUGUGUGGGGGAAAUCCCUUCUGACUAGUGCAACCUCCACUGUUGGCCAGAGCCUGAGUUCGGUGCGAGAGAAAGCGGGCGUGGCCCUGCGCAUGCCGCAGGCGUCCUCGUGUGAAGAGGCCGAGGAGGACGGAGGGUCCAACGCAGACAGCAGCGGCCCAGAGGAGCUCAGUCCACCCCCCACCGCCGCCCCUCAGCCGGCCAAGGGCGUGUUCUCCACCAUCACCAGCGCUGUCCAGAACACCGGCAAGUCUGUGAUUUCUGGUGGCCUCGAUGCUUUGGAAUUCAUUGGGAAGAAAACUAUGAUCGUCUUGGCAGAGAGUGACCCGGGCUUUAAGAAAACCAAGACCCUGAUGCAGAAGACUGUGUCAUUGUCUCAGAUGCUGAAGGAGGCAAAGGAGCGAGAGCGGGAAAGAUUAGGCAAUCAGUUGGUGUCUGCACCCACAGCCCACUACAGCAUCCUGUUUGACGACUAUCAGGGACUGUCCCACUUGGAAGCUCUAGAGAUCCUGUCCAAUGAGAGUGAGGCCAAGGUGCAGGCUGCAUUGUCCAACCUGGCAGAGGAGGACUUAGAGAAACUGAAGACAGAACUGGUUGCUAUAAAGGAGAUCUUCAUCAAAAGAGAGGAAGAGGAGGAGGCCCCAGCUAUAGAGGAAAACGGUGAUCUCCUUUCUUCCCAAAUAGGCUCCACCACCCACUUCUCUAAUGGGGAAGAAUUCGUCAGUGUUCUCACAGAGCUUCUGUUUGAGCUUCAUGUAGCUGCCACCCCAGAUAAACUCAACAAGGCACGAGUCAGAGCUCAUGACUGGGUGAAGGAGGUGGAGCAGCCUGUUGCCAUGGAGGCUGUGGAGGAAGCUGUUGCAGAAGAGAAGAGUGUGGAGUCCACACCCUCCACGGAAUCAGGAGAGAAGGUGGAUGAGGGAAGUGUUUCUAGCGACGGGAAGAAUGAAGAGAGGAGAGAUGCCAAAGAGGACGCUUCUGACGGUGUGGAGCAUGUGUACCUGUCCUCAGUGGGUAGCUUGGCUGAAGUGACAGCACGCAGCAUAGAGCAACUUCAUAAAGUGGCAGAAUUAAUCCUCCAUGGACAAGACUUGGAGAAAGCAGCGAGUGAGCAAGCCUCCAUACUUGUCAGGUUGACAUUGGCUAUGUGUAAGGAGGUGGACUGCCUUGCCAGCAAAUUCUGUGAUACUUUACUUAGUAUGGGGUGUCACAGAAAAGCAGAAGAGUUGAACCCCCUUGUGGAUAGUGUGACUUUGGAGGGUUCAAACAGCACCACCUACAUCCAUAAUGCCUUCCAACUGCUGCUGCCAAUUCUGCAGAUCUCACACAUCCAGAUCAGCAGAUCCAAAGAACAUCCAGAUACAGUCAGCACAGACUAGUAUGCACACAUCGUGAUUGUAGUAAUGGAUAGCUUCUGUGUCUAUAAUAUUGCUCAGUUGAUUCGUUGUGUGUGUGUGUGUGUGUGCGUGUGUGCGCGUGCGUGUGUGUGUGUGUGUGUGUGUGUGUGUGUGUGUGUGUGUGUGUGUGUUUACAGUAUAUGUACUAGAAGAGCUUUCUGCAAUAAGAUUAGAUUAAUGUCAGACUUUGUUCUGUUGCAUUGGCAAGAUUUCAGAGUUUUGUGUAAUAACUAAAAGUUGCUGAGCAGGAUUACAGUGCCCUCAACAUGUCAUGGCAUACCUGGUAAGGUUGAUUUAAAAAAGGUUUUAAAAAAUCAUCUUUUGGUGAGAAAAAAAUCACGUAAAGAAAUACAAACUUUUAUCAAGAACACAUGCCACAAUUACUGGCACCCUUAGAAAAUAUUGUAACCAAAAUGGUUUUAUUUUUCUUCUCAGAGUUAGAGAGAUCUUAAUAGAGAAGUUGAAUAAAAUAUUAAUCAGAGAGUCCAUAAAAUAUUAGAGUGACGAUAUACUGUAAACACUAACCCAUGAGUUCCUGUUUCACUUAGGUAUGAAAAUAAAGUGACACAGAGGUCAAAUGCCCUAGUCAUUCUUCAACAUGGGCAAGACAAGAGAAUACACCAUUCAAAUUAUUGAGUGUGUUGGCCUCUGUCAGGGAAUGGGAAUUAUAGGGUUACAUGGGCUUAUACAGUACCUUCUAUGUUAACAUCAGAGAACACGGUAAAAUACUGUGUCAUCCUUAAAUACAGGGGUGUCAAUAAUCAUGGCACGUGUUUUGGUAAAAAAAAAAAAAAAACCCAUCUAUUUACUUUACGGUUGGAUUUUUCCUCAUAAUGAAUUACCAAAAGAUGGUUUUUAUGCCUCUUUUUACACAACGUUGACCAGGGUUCCAAUAGAUGUGGAGGGACAGCUUUGGUCAAAUCCAUGAUAGCUCAAGAAGCAUAUGCCAAACAUUUUAGGUUUUACCUAAACAUUUUUGAGCCUUAAUUCUUGAUAUUGACAUACAGUAUCCUUAAUUCCAUAUACCUGCUAAAACGGAAGAAAUGUAUAAUGACUCCAUUCCAUAAAACAUUUAUUUUACAUAAAUUAUAUUUAUCAUUUAUAAUAAUACUAUACAAUAUUAAUGUGAUUUGCACUUGUUUACUGAGAUUUUGUUUAACAAAACGUGAGAACUCCCUCUCACCUUGAGUCUUAAAAGUAGCAUUUCAGAACCGCUACGUUGUACUAUAGACAAAAAUGUUGCAACUGGUGCCUAAGCUGUUCUACAGUACCAUCAUAACAUUUAGAAAUUGAAUUGGUUCCCUUCUAUGUAUAUGUUAGGCGGACAAAAAAGGGACUUGAUAAUGUCAUUGUUUUUCUUUCACCGAAAGAGUAAAGAUUUAGAUAUGGAUAAAUAUUUUGCUAUAUUAUGACACAGCUGUGUCUCCAAUAGGAAGUGUGUCUGCUCGCAAGAAUACAGAUCAAUCAGAUCAUGCAGUGACUUUUUCUUGAUUGGCCUAAGAAUUUGUAUGAUGGCAAAAUUGUCAUUAUCAGUAUUCUAUAUUUUGAUUAAGUAUCGAAUAUUUUGUCUGUAAGAUUUCAUCUUUAUAUUAUGAAGGGAAGUUUAAGAAGUGAAUAUUAUAUUUAAAGAUGGCUUAGGCAGUAAUCAUUAAAGAAGCUUACGUAAGCUUAUGUAUUUCACUCCAGUGUAAAUUAAUAUCUGCUAUGUCAAAAACAAAUGAACUGUGUAUUUGAUAUCAUUUAGAUUGAAGCAUUUGCACAACAUACUGUAUAUUGCCAUCAGACAUGACUGCAGUCCACACAUGUGUCCUGCUGAUGGGAGCCG